AUUAUGACACAGUAAGGAUGACGGGGCUAAUCCUGGCCAUUGUCAUGUUUAUUCUGGGGAUUGUCGUUGCUCUUAGUAACAAAUUCAAAUGUAAACAAAGGAAUGCAAACGCAUCCGAUUCUGAUGGGAGGCAGCCGCUACAGACCCAGACUCCCGGUGGUAGCGUAUAGUCCCACCAGUCUUGUGCGAUUCCUCCUCAUUUCUGCUGUUGGAUCCAGUCUCUGCACCCCCCUCCCCGGGGGGGAAGAUGGAAGAGUCUGCUCCUACCACAUCAAUGUCCCAGAUAGCGUGUUCAAUGCAUGCGUGAAUUCCCCUUAUGCGUGACGUCCCUCCCCCCGCCCCUCUGCACACAGAGCUUCCAUUAUUCAAACAAGAGGAGAUUUUGACACGCCGUGCCCCCCCUACCUCCCGACAACAAAAAGCUGCAAGACCCCACACAGGCAGACAGGGGGCGCUGCAGUCCCACACUGAGAAACUUGCACAGCACAAAGUACAACAAAAAUAACUCUUGUAGAACCUGCAACAGAAAAAAAUAGCUGCCAAGAGAGAAAAUAGACCUAGUAUUUUCACACGGACAGACACGACACAACACGGACACGGACACACACACGGACAUGGACACGGACAUGGACACGGACACGUUUGCGCACUACCUCCUUUUAAAGAUGUUAAUAAAGUUUAUUUAAAAAAAAAAAUCUACUAUUACAUAGGGCAGAGUAGGACCUGAACACUCGACAUCGAGUGUUAACGAGGCUUCGGCAGUCACCCCCGUCAAGUAGAAACCCAACCGUAGCUACAGUUUUACUAAAUUGCAUCUCGAAACUGGUGCAAGUUCAUCCUCGGUUGCCUCAGUGUAUCGGUUUUCGGUAACGUUUGGCCGCCGCCUCCCUUCCCUUUGGGUCAUCGAACUACGACACGGGCAAGGGCGCGGUUGGCUGGAGGCAAUUGUUAAAGGGGGGUUGACUUUCAGCAGUUUUCAGAGGCGAGCUUAACCCGGGAAGCUUAAAGGGCCCAGGUAACCCCCCCAAAGUUGAUGUUUACCGUCGGAGGUCAUCAGGAUGAAACCCAACCGACAUCCUACCUAUCCUACCUACCCUACCUACCUCUCUGGAGGAAAAAAAAAAGUCAGUAGCUAUAGGCUCAGCUUCCACAGGAAGAGUGAGACUCUGGUGAUGAAAGCCCUGGCCGAUGUGUGUAUGGGGGGGGGGGGGGGGGGAUUUAGCCUGAUGGCCCCCAUAACUGACACAUCAGGGAGGUGUGGCAAUGACUAAGCCGGAGGGGAACCUGCGAGAUAACGACCCACCUAAAAGUAUGGCAGCUCCUUUUGUGUGUGUGCGAAAUCUGCCUAGCAACAGCUUAUAGACGUCUACUGGAUUCACCGCCCCGCCCCCUUACCCCGCCCCCGACUCCGCCCGAAGGUCUCUCUUUCUCUCUCUCUCUCUCGCGCCAAAAUGAGUAUAAUGAUGGGUGGACCCAAGAACAUGACACUCCCCCUCCCCUUUUAUUUAUUUGUAUAUAGCAUGUGACAUAAAUAAUAUAUAUCUAUAUUAAUAUAUUGCUGGAAGAGAAGGUAUCUAUAUAUAAAGAUAUAUGCGCAUGGCGAGAUAUGCAAAGCAGUUUUUUUGGUUUUUUUUUAGUUCUUUUUCUUUGUUGGAUUUAUUUUUUUGCUCUCCCUCCCCGAGACGCCAGUAAAAAUGAUAUUUCUAUAUU